GUCUGCUCUCUGCUUUCCAACUUCAUCCGCGCGAUUCGCUGCUACAAAAAUCCACUGAAAUUGAAACAACAACACCACCGUCGCAGUCGAAGUUUCGUCUCAGAAGUUUCCGUUGAUAUUGCCAACAUAAAUAAUAUCCAUAUUGAUAUUUUCGACAAACAACAACCGUAUAUCAACAUUUUGCGCGGUUCGUCGGUUGGAUGCUUUUCGCUUGUUUUCCGUGUUAGGUUUUGAAGGUGUUUUUUUAUUGAAACUGUGCGCGAUUGAUAAAUGAGUCAAGAUGAUAAUAAAUAAAAGUCAAGCAGAAUCUUAGAGGAAUUGAAUUUGGCUUGGCCAAUAUUGAGAUUUGGUGAAGAGAGAGAGGCGGGAUAAGAAGCAACGGUUAAUACUUCCCCGUUGAAUUUGGAUCCGUGCAACGGUUAAUCGCACAACGAAAGAAGCGUGAAGCAACGGGUAACGUGAAGAGGAGGAAUUGAUCAAAACAAAGCGUAUGCGGCAGUAAAUUCGGCAAUUGGCAGAAUCUCCCACAACUACACCAAUCGCGAAAAACCCGCAAAACGCAAAAUGUUCGAGCUAGAGGACUAUUCGAGCGGCAUACACGAGGGUUUCUUCAACAAAUAUGCGGAUGCGGCUGGCCCUUCGCUGGACUUUUACGUUUCCGACUCGAUGCAGGACAUGCUAGACGUGGACAUCCGUGCGGAAAUAGCCAGCACAUUGGCAACCUCCAGCGAUUUGACCUCGCUGGAUCACGCACUAGAGACCAUUUCGGCCAUCAACAACAACACAAGCAGCGGCAGCAGUCUGCCAUUGACAUACAACACAAACGCGAAUUUCCUGGCCAGCAGCACGCUGCACGCCUCACCCACAGCCAAGUGGAUGGGUUCCUCGGCCAACUUCUGGUCGAACACCGACUACUACGCUGAUCUGGGGGCCUGCGUCAAUCCCAUUUCGGUGAUGCCGCUCAUCAACUCUGCCUCGUGCUCAGCUUCCUCCAUGCUGGGCUCGCCACGCAGAGGCAAGUCUGCCACGGCCACACAGUCGCGGGCUGUGCCGGCAUCGCCGUGCGCGGACCGGGACCAGCACAAGUCACACCUGACCUUCUCGCCGGCACAGAUGAAGGUCAGCGCUGGAUCGCUGCGGCGGGAGCAGGUGAUGGCGCACAUACCCAAACAGAUUUCGGUGGUAACCGGAACCGGGAGCACGGCACCGGGCACCAUGGCCACAAAUUCGGUGCUGCAACGCCGCAACUCCUCGGCGGUCGAUGCGGUCCGCAAGGAUCUGGGCACGGAGCUGCGCAAGGCCCAGUCCAGUCCGUCCGAGGAGGGUGGCCAGAAGUCGAAGACCUCCUCCACCCUGCUCACCACCGGAGGCGUGUCCACCAACACGAUCAAGCUGGCGCCCGGCAUCGGGGGCCUGACUUUCGCCAACAGCGCCGCCUACCAAAAGCUGAAGAACCAGUCGUCGGUCAAGUCCUCCAACGGUUCGUCCCCUAAUACGGGCAACGGCAUGGUCCUGAAGCGAGAGGAGGCCGCAAAGCGCGGUUUGCUGCAGCAGGGAAGCACCACACCAAAGAGCAUCGCCUCGUCGGCCCAUUCGCCGCACCAUCAGAUGCAGAGCCUUGGCUCGCCAUCGUCCGUCUCGUCGAUGGCCUCAUCACCGCUCAGCAAUGGCAGCAACCUGGUCAACAUCGCCAACAACAGCAGCGGCAGCGCUGGUCUCGUCAAACCGCUGCAGCAGAAGGUCAAGCUGCCGGUCGUGGGCAACGCCUUCCCCAAGCCGGCCUACUCCUACUCCUGCCUCAUUGCGCUGGCCCUGAAGAACUCGCGGGCCGGCUCGCUGCCCGUCUCGGAGAUCUAUAGCUUCCUGUGCCAGCACUUUCCGUACUUCGAAAAUGCGCCCAGUGGCUGGAAGAACAGCGUGCGGCACAAUCUGUCGCUGAACAAGUGCUUCGAGAAGAUCGAGCGCCCGGCCACGAACGGCAAUCAGCGCAAGGGCUGCCGCUGGGCCAUGAACCCAGAUCGUAUCACCAAGAUGGACGAGGAGGUGCAGAAGUGGUCGCGCAAGGACCCAUUGGCCAUACGCGGGGCCAUGAUCUAUCCAGAGCACCUGGAGUUGCUGGAGCGCGGUGAGAUGAAGCACGGAUUUGCCGACUCCGAUGUGGAGCUCGAUUCGACGUCGGAGAUCGAGGAAUCAUCUGAUCUCGAGGAGCAUGACUUUGAAGACACCCUUGUGGAUGCGAUGCUCGUUGAGGAGGACGAAGAUGUCGUUGAUGAAGAUGAAGAUGACGAUAUACUGAGCGAGUUCGAUGCCGAGGAUGAGCCACUUGCCAGCCACCCCUCUGCCAGCCAGUCGAACCACCACCUGCCCCUUGAUCACGCCCUGCUCGCCCAGAAGAGCAGCGACUUUGACAUUGAGGUGAGUUUGGAGAGGCACCUGGUUGAGAAGUCGUCGAAGCUAUACGAGAAGGUCGAUGAACUGUACGAUUCCAUUGACAUCGAGGACGACAAGGAGGCAGUACACCGCGUCAUUGCCAGCGGCCAGGGCUCGCACAUAAUCGAGCUGAAUCCGGCCGAUCUGAAUGCCAACCACAAUGGCUACCACCACCAACAGCAGCAGCAGCAGCAGGCGAAGCGCGCCCGUCUCGAUAUCAAUUAUGCCAUCGGUCCCGCCGGCGAGCUGGAGCAGCAGUAUGGCCAGAAGGUGAAGGUGCAGCAGUUGAUGCAGUCCCAGCCACAGCCGCCCACAUAUAGUCGCCGCAAAAUGCCGCUGGUCAAUCGUAUCAUAUAAAGAGGCAAAGCCCAAGCCCCCUGCAAAAAACCACAUACCAUGCACCACAUUCGUAGCAUGGAUGUUUCACGAACACACAUUAUAUAGCAUACCUUAGUGCUAGGUACACGCUACAUAGUAUAGGAAUCCCCCCACAUGCUACGCUUAAACGUAUCCCUAAGAACAUUUUCGGUAAUCUGUUGUCAGUUGUACCAUUCCCCUUUGUAACCCAAAAUAUCCAUCUCAACUGAUUGAAAAUCAGACUAUACAAUUUAUUAUUUUGGAGAAGAGAUCUCCACUUAAGCUUACUUUGAAUCUAUUUGUAGUCCUUAUAAAUCUCUGGUCGAUAUUCAAAUAAAUCUAUACAAAUAAUUGUACAAGAUUUCUCGAAAGUUUUGAGCCACUCCAACACUUGACGAUGCGUGGCCUUGGUCCAUGUACCCAAUCUCCCCCAUGACGCUUGAGCAGAUGAAAGAAACUCUCAACCAUGUGCAAGUUCCAGUAGUUAGUCCUGACGAUGCAUUAAGCUAUCUGUAAUGUUAGUUCUUUUCCAGUUUUGUAAUUUCUAUUUUGAUCUCCGCCCCCCUCCCCUGACCCAGACUAGCGGUUAGCGAUUUGAUCCUUGACAAAACUUAACGAAACUUCUUGACGCAGUUAUUAUAUAUAGAGUAUAGAAUAUUGACAACGUGAAACAACGAUUUUUGGACAACGAAAUGGGAACACUAUGUUCACUUUUCCACCUUUUGUUAAACUUUUGUAUCCCAAAUGUGACAAUUUGCAGCAUUUGCAAGCAUUUUUCAGCGCAUCUGAAUGCCGCCGAUUCCGAUUCCGAAUCUGAAUUCCAACUUAAAGUUAGGUAAUGUUGUAUAAAAAAACAAAACACCACAAA